AUGGCAUGGACGUCAGCUACUCUGAAGGCGUAUGGUGCUUUGGAUGUGCACUUGCUGAAGUCGGAGCGCAGCAAGUUGCGGAUCGCCGUGUGUGACGCGCCGGGCCCGAUUGUCAAGGGAACGAUUUCUUUCGUGACCGAAAUUGACAACAACGACGGGCUGCCGCAUACCCUGGAACAUCUCGUCUUCCUCGGCUCGAAAAACUACCCCUACAAGGGCUUUCUAGAUAUUAUUUCGAAUAGGUGCUUCGGAAGUGGGACAAAUGCCUGGACUGACCAGGAUCACACCGCUUACACGCUGAACACGCUCGGAUCGGAUGGCUUCCUGAAAGUACUGCCCGUCUAUUUGGACCAUCUUCUUGAUCCGCUUAUUUUUGACGCCCACUACAAAACGGAGGUCCAUCACGUCAACGGGGCCGGCGAGGACGGCGGCGUUGUCUAUUCGGAAAUGCAGAAUUACGAAGGCGAUAUGGAAACGAUGGUCGGAGAGAAGGCCAAGACAGUGUUCUACCCGCCCGGAAACCCGUAUUCCGUCAAUACUGGUGGUGCGUUGAAGCAUUUGCGUGAGAGCUGCACCGUUCAGAAGUGCCGCGACUAUCAUAAGAAAUUCUACCACGUCGACAACAUGCUCGUCAUGGUCACUGGCAAAGUCGAUUUGAACGCUCUAAAAGAUAUCGUGGAGAAGGUAGAAACGAAAUAUAUGGACCGGAAACCGGCUGCUUUUGAUCGCCCCUUCACUUCGUUUGUACUGCCGAAGCUUGCUGAAAAGAAGGUGGCUCGCGUGCAAUGCCCAGUUGACGAUGAUUCGAGCGGCUACGUCGAGAUGUAUUGGUACGGCCCAUCCCCCACCAACUUCAAGGACAGCUCGGCCUUCACGAUUCUAGAGACUUAUAUGGAAGACACGGCAAGCGCGCCGCUGCAAAAAGAAUUUGUUUUGACCGACCAGCCUCUAGCCACCAACGCCUCAUUCUCGUGUCUCAUCCAGAAACCCUGCGUCUUCAUCUUGCGCUUCCAAAAUGUCCCCAAGGCGAAGUUGGACCAAGUGGAGGACAAGGCCCUCAAGCUUUUCCGCGACCAUGUGCAGGGGAAAAUCGACUUUGACAUGGAGCGCAUGCAAUCGAUCAUCGACCGAAAAAUCCUGAGCCUUCAAAACAACGUGGAAAAUGACGCCAACGACAUGAUGGUGCACCCGAUCAUCAACUAUCAGCUCUACUACGAGACCGAUCAGGAGCUGGAUGGCGCUUUUCAUGAAAUCGAGCUGCUGCGCAAACUGAGGGACUAUACACCCGAAAAUUGGCGAGACCUCUUGAAUGAAUAUGUCGUCAGCCAGCACCACGCUACGAUCAUCGGCGUGCCGGAUAAGGGGCUCGUGAAAAAGAAUGCCGCCGAAGAGGAGGCGCGCCUUGAGAAGCGAAAGGCUGAGCUGGGAGAAGCCGGUCUUGCAGCCAAGGAGAAGGAGCUGAACGAAGCCGUCAAGAUCACGAAGGAAAGCUACCCACCAAACGAGCUGCUUGACGACUUCAUUGUCAAGAACCUGACCAGCCUGAACAGGAUCAGCGUUCAAGCAAAGAAAUUACUGCCUGGUGAUGAUCACGCCAAUGACUUUGCCAAGCAGUUCCAGUGCCCUGCCGUACAGCAUACUGUCGAUUCGAAUUUUAUGCAGGCCGUCAUCUCGUUCGACACGCGCGGCAUCAGCGGCGAGGACAAGCUCUGGCUGAUGCUCUACAACUCGCUGCUUUUCGAGUCACCGGCAAUGAUCAACGGCAAGCUACACAGCGCCGAAGAGGUCUCACGGCUCUACACCAAAGAUCUGGUCACAUAUUCGAACGAUCCUGGUGUCUUCGGUGCCUACCAUCGCCUGAAUACACUGAAUCUGCGUGUAGACACGGUGCGCUUCAAGAAUCUCGCUCACUGGGCAAAGAUCUUCACGAAAGGCGUGCAGUUCGAUAUCAACAAGGUGAAAGUCAUCGCCAAAAAGCUCGCUUCUGAAGCCCAGGAGUACAAACGUGAUGGAAACAUGGUCUCCUCCGCUGCGUCGGCCUCGUUGAGUUAUCAAAAUGGCUCCGUUUCCGCCACCUACAACCACAUUCGCCUUGAAAAGUUCCACGAGAUGGUCGUCAAGCUGUGCGAUGAGAAGCCGAGAUUUGUGGAGCAGAAGCUGGAAGAGAUUCGUUCGACGCUAGCCGCUGCCGGCGCCAAUAUCCACAUCAUUGGAAACCCGGAGCGGGCCAAGGCUCUUCCGACGAGCGAAUGGGACUUUUUGCCAUGCUCCAAUAGCAACUUGUUCGAGGUGAAGGCCGGCGAGGAGACGACGCAGUACGACGAACAAGCGGCCAACGGCUUAGUGAUUGGCGUCGGUGGAACGGAGAGCAGCUUCGUCAGACAGACGAUCUCGUCUGGCGUCGGCUGGAAGAGCAAGGAAGCCGCCACCCUACUCCUUCUAUCGCAAUAUUUCAGCCAAACGGAAGGCCCGCUAUGGUGCAGAAUCCGUGGCAACGGCCUCGCCUAUGGCGCGAACAUUUAUGUUGAUCUGGAUGAGAAGACCAUUUCGAUGUCGCUGUACCGCUGCUCGGACCCGGUGAAGGCCUACAACAGCACUUUGGAGCUUGUGCGCGAGGUGCUCGACUCGGGCAAGCUGGACACUGCCCAAUUCGACUCGGCCAAGCGCUCGUUGAUCUUCGAACUGAUGGACAGCGAGCACGGCGUGAAGGGCGCCGCCAAACGCAGCGUGUUGGCCCAGUUGCGCGGAUUGGACAACGAAACGUAUAUGAGGAGCUUCUGCGAUGAGAUUCUGAACACGAGUGUGGAAAAUGUGUUUGCCGAGGCUGGUCCGAUCAUGAAGCGAAUCUUUACCAAACAAUCACUCGUCUUCGUCACCCAGCCCUCGAAAGCGGCCAAGAUCGGCAAGCAGCUGCCCGGCCUGCGUACCGUCAACGUCGACGACCUCGCGCUGAAGCCGCAAAAAUUC